AUGGAGUCUGUGUCAAUCCCUGUACUAGUUGGUAGACUUGUUGAUUGUAUAGCCCAGUUAAUUGGAAUAGCUGAAGAGCUUCUACAGUUGAUUUCACAAGAACCAGUUCCUUGUGAAGAGCAAGAUGACAGAGCAGAACAGAUAGAAACAGAUGUACCUCUUUCCGAAGAAGCUUCACUACCAGACCUUCCUGAUCUCUCAGACUUAGAAUCAAUACUUACACGAAGAGAAGACGAAGACUUAACCUUGGAUACAGAUCAAGCUAUGUUAGACAUAGAUGAAUUAUAUGAAGAAGUACUCUUUAAUAUUAACCGUGACUUAAGUAGAUAA